CUUUUAGCCACCAUGCUAACGUGACUUUAGUGUUCCGGAUUAGAGCGAAAGUGUACUGACCAGUACAUACUAUGUUCCUCUUCAGGUGUGGUGUAUUCGCCAGGUUACAAGGGACUGUCUAUGUCGCUUGUAGUUCCAACUCUAUACAGCAGGUGGCAUGAAUUGGUUGGGGCGCACUUAAAGAUGAUGCCACCAGCUGUCUCCACCCGUCUCUGUCCUCCACUGCCCUCAGUCAAGAGACUUCUGGGCUGGAAGAAGGGAGAGCAGAACGGCCAAGAGGAGAAGUGGUGCGAGAAAGCCGUGAAAAGUCUUGUGAAGAAGCUGAAGAAGACGGGGCAACUGGACGAGCUGGAGAAAGCCAUCACCACCCAGAACAUCAACACCAAAUGCAUCACUAUUCCAAGGUCUCUGGAUGGCCGCCUUCAGGUUUCCCACAGAAAAGGCCUGCCGCAUGUUAUCUACUGUCGCCUGUGGCGUUGGCCCGACCUGCAGUCCCACCAUGAGCUGCGAGCAGUGGAGCUGUGCGAAUACGCCUUUCACACAAAGAAGGACGAGGUGUGCGUCAACCCUUACCAUUACCAGAGAGUCGAGACCCCAGUCCUCCCUCCUGUGCUGGUGCCCAGACACACAGAGAUCCCGAGUGAGUUUCCACUUCUGGAUGACUACAGCCAUUCAAUCCCUGAAAACACCAACUUCCCUGCUGGCAUUGAACCCCAGAGCAACUACAUACCAGAAACGCCGCCACCAGGCUAUCUCAGUGAGGAUGGCGAAACCAGCGAUCACCAGAUGACCCACAGCAUGGACACAGGCUCCCCAAACCUAUCACCCAACCCUGUUUCCCCCACACACAAUAACCUGGAUCUCCAGCCUGUGACGUACUGCGAACCGGCCUUCUGGUGCUCAAUUUCCUACUAUGAGCUCAACCAGCGGGUAGGAGAAACCUUCCACGCAUCACAGCCCUCCCUGACGGUAGACGGUUUCACAGACCCUUCCAACUCUGAGCGUUUCUGCCUGGGCCUCUUGUCCAACGUCAACCGCAAUGCUGCAGUGGAGCUAACAAGAAGACACAUUGGCCGCGGAGUUCGACUCUAUUAUAUCGGAGGGGAAGUCUUCGCUGAGUGUCUUAGUGACAGCGCCAUCUUUGUGCAGAGCCCCAACUGUAACCAGCGCUACGGCUGGCACCCUGCCACUGUCUGCAAGAUCCCACCAGGCUGUAAUUUAAAGAUCUUCAACAACCAGGAGUUUGCUGCCCUGCUGGCUCAAUCGGUCAACCAGGGCUUUGAGGCCGUGUACCAGCUCACCAGGAUGUGCACCAUUCGCAUGAGCUUUGUCAAGGGAUGGGGUGCGGAGUACAGGCGACAGACGGUGACCAGCACCCCCUGCUGGAUCGAGCUGCACCUAAACGGGCCCUUGCAAUGGCUGGACAAGGUGCUCACGCAAAUGGGCUCGCCCAGCAUCCGCUGCUCCAGCGUGUCCUAGGGAACCUCCUGCUCACAUGUAUGUCUGGGACUGAAAACACACACCGAGUACGCAAAAGUUGACCCUCGCAAUGUUUCCCCACCAGCUGUCAGUAGCACUUUUUAUACAUUUUAUAUGGCAAAAGGGGAGACGUGCAUUAAAGCAGGACCAUGCUAGUAUGAACUCUGCUGGUUGUUGAUGAUCUCAUGGCAUUUUUAUCACAUCUUCAGUUGGUGAACGGAAUGAGGGUGUGGUUCUUCUUGAGUUAAGAGAUUCAUAUUCAUGUUUUUAAAGAUCUUCACGUUGUACAUACAGUAUGCUUUAACUGCAGCAAUUUGUGUCUUGAACUCUCUUGUUAGUUGGCCCAUUUGAGGACUUGUGAAAGCCAAGUACAGUGGAACCCGCUUAUGUCGACAACUCGUCAAAUCCCGGGCUGCUUUCUUUUAAUUGUUACUAAAAAGUACCCGCUUAAGUCGAUGUUGACAUGCAUUCAUUCCUAUGAAAAAUUGACUGGUGUUGAUCAUGAUCAAAUGGCAGCAAGCAACCACGGCUUAACUCUGUCUCGCGUACAGCAGCUUCCUGUGCAGUGCAAGUUUAGAUUGUUUGCCGAAUCGUAGUCAAGUAAUGCAUCAGAAUUAGCACAAAAAGUUUAUUUUGAACCAAUAAUCAAUAAUAAUCAAUCAAUUCCUUAAUUGUCAGUGUCAUAAUAACACUCAAGUCAUACAUGUCAACAAGAUUUAGUUUGAGCUUAGUCUAGCGGCAUAGAAACAUGCAUACAGUUACAAUAAUGUACAUCACAUAUUUACAGUUUCACAGUACAUAUGCAAAAAGGGGUGGGAAGAAGCAGAGCAUAUUGAAUCUCAACCCUUUCUCUGUUUAGAAGCAAGUCAUAACACGUUUGUUCACCUCCAUAUUUGUAUAUUCACUCAAGAAUAAAAAAAAAAGUGAAAUCACCAAAAAUCCAAUCUCCUUAUGACUCUGAAAAAAAAUCACAGGUUAAUGAAUGAUUUAAUAUUAGUCAUUAAUUGCAAUUUAUGAAUGAUUUAUAGAAUAAA